GUGAAAGAUUCACAGACUCCGACCUCUACCUCUGAACACCCACCAUGGGGGACAGCCGCUACCUAUACCCUGUGGCCCUGAGGUGGGACGAGGGCCCCGAAGCCCUGAAACAAGUGAAAAACAAACUGCUGCUGCAUUUCCAGAAAAGGAAACUGUCUAAUGGAGGAGAAUGUGAGAUCCGAGAUCUGGACUGCAGCCGGGGGCACCUCCUGAUCUACUUCAGAGAUGAGGGGGUUCGAGAUCGAGUUCUCCAGAAAAAGCCGCAGGAGCUGAAGCUACAAGACGGACGCGCGUUACUGCUGGACCUCCGCUCGCCGGAGGAGCUAGACACACAAUCCGAGCCCCCGAGCGGAGCCCCCACUGCGGUUUGUAAAGUGGAAGAGCAGCAGCGGGAUGAGCCAGUGACUGUGAAUCCCGGACAUGAUGAGGGGACGAGGCCGAGGUCAUCAUAUGUCCUGAUCGAGAACGUCCAGGACUCCUGCUCUCCAGAGAAGCUGAACCUCCUGGUGGGAAGCAUCAGUGACGUCCCCGACUUCUACGUGGAGAUGAUCCCAGAGCGCUGCUUGGCCGUCGUCACCUUCACCUGUGACAUUGAUGUCGAGGCUUUCAAUGAAAAAUUCUCCAACCACCACAUCACGAAGCAGUACAACAUGAGAGCGACUGCUCUGGAGGACACCAGCUUCGCUGCCUGUGGAUAUCCGGUGGAGACCUGCACAGAAUGCAUUGUGACCGCCAUCCAGCAGCACAUGGAAAGUCAAGAAGGCAGCGGCUCCAUCAGAUACAUCCACCUGGUGGACAGCGAGGACCGCAUCGUCCAGGCUUUCAUCCAGUCCCUGAGGGACGAGUAUGAAGAGAAAAAUAUGAAGUUCACCUCAAAACAAGAAGUGAAAAAACUGAAAGCACAAAAGAGCAAGAAUGACGGCGGCGCUGCGGACAAAUACAAUAGGCAAAUGGUGACGACCAGGGAAGGGCUGAAAAUCAGGAUCAUCCAAGGGAAUAUUCAAGACGCCACCAGCGAUGUGAUUGUGAACAGUGUGGGUAAAGAGCUGGAUCUGAGGUCCGGAGCCGUGUCCAGCGCAAUAUUCAGGAAGGCCGGGGCCAGACUACAGGACCUACUCAACACAGAGAAGCCGCAAUCUGCAGUGACGGACGGCUGCGUGUUCAUCACGGACGGCUGCGGCCUGCCCUGCCACUUCGUCCUACAUGCUGUGGUUCCCCGGUGGGACGAGGGACAAGGAUCUUCUGAGCAGAUUUUAAGGAAGAUUGUGAAUGAUUGUCUGAGCGCCUCCGAAGAGAAACGCGCGCAUUCCAUAUCGUUCCCCGCAAUGGGAACCGGAAUCCUGGGAUUUCCCAAAAACACUGUCGCUGCCAUAAUGUACGAUGAAAGCCUGAACUUCAGCAGCAAAGGAGACGUCCAGCAUCUGAAGGAGGUGACCUUCAUGCUGCACCCGAGCGACACAGAAACCAUCAAGGCGUUUUCUACUGAACUUGAAAAAAAGACCAAAGAUCCCACAAGUCAGAAGAAGUCAGAGAAAUCUCACGGUUUGUUCGGGCCGGUGACCUCCCGAUCCGCAGGAGUUACUGAAAUGAAGAUAGGACCCGUUACUUAUCAGGUGAAGACGGGAGACAUAACCAAGGAGGACGCUGACAUCAUAGUCAACUCAACCAACAACACAUUCAAUUUGAAAUCAGGUGUCUCCAAGAAGAUCCUGGAGGAGGCUGGGAAGGAUGUGGAGGAUGAGUGUGCUCAGCUUGGAGCAGCUCCGUCAAGACCUUCCUUUGUGGUCACCAAGGGCGGGAAGCUUCGCUGCCGGAAUAUCAUCCACAUCGCCGCAAUCACGAAUCCAGCAAACUUAAAGAAAAAAGUGACUGAAGCGCUGGCAGAGAGCGAGCGCCUCCAAGCCGCGUCUGUUGCCUUCCCAGCCCUGGGCACAGGCGUAGGAGGAUUAUCCGCCACCGUGGUCGCUGAUGUCAUGGUGGACGCAGUGGUGGAUUUUGUGUCCUCUAAAUCGGCUAAAUCUGUGCAGACAGUGAAGGUGGUGGUUUUCCAGCCGCCCAUGUUAGAUGACUUCCGCACUAGUCUGAAGAAGAAGGAGCACAAACCGUGGUUUUUCUCAUGGCUCAUUCAUCGCAUAUUCGGCUCUGCGAGUGACGAGAUGGACGAGGAGGAGGACAAAGUGUUUGAGCUACGGGAGAACAUAGAGCCGGCGAUAUUCCACCUGUGCGCGGGGACUAAGAAAGACGUGACAGACGCAUCCACCUGGCUGCGGGAUCUUAUACUGAAGAAACAGAACCAGAACGAGAUCACCGAUGACUGGAUCCUGGAGCUCGGUGACGAGGAUAAGCAGGAGAUAGCGGCACUUCAGAAGACUCUGCAGGUUACUGUUCACAUCGACCUGCCGAGCACCACAAUCAAAGUGUCAGGAUUAUCCAGAGACGUCCUAGAGAUGACCAAGAAUAUCCAGCUCAUGCUGAAGAAGGUGCGGGAGAAGAAGACCAAGGAGCGGGAGGCCGAGCUCUGCAGUAACCUGGUGGAGUGGAGAUAUCACGACGGCACCAACUUUGUUCUGUUUGAUCGAAUGGCAAACCUGGAGCUGGAAAAGGCCAAGAGCACAAUCACACAAAGUCUGAAGAUCGACGUGUCCGGAGUGACCUACACCGUGAUAUUAGAGCUGGACUGCAUGCGGGACCCCAGAGGAAAGGAGACCAAGAUUGAGAGGGUUCCUAAACACGGACAUAUUCUGGAACUUCCCACAUCCUGGGACUCCAUGGAGAAGACUCAGCUGAAGGUGGUGCCCGUGGCUGCGUCCUCCCAGGAAUACGGCGACGUUCAUGCCCAGUUUGCAAAGACCUGCCAGAUGAAAGUGGUCAAGAUUGAAAGGAUCCAGAACUUACAUCUGUACCAGAACUAUCAGAUCAAGAAGCAGAGCAUCGACACCAAGAACGGCUCCGCGCAGAACGAGAGGCAACUCUUCCACGGGACGGACGAAAAUACCGUGAAAAGUGUGAACAGCAAUGGAUUCAACCGCGGCUACUCUGGGUCAAAUGUAGGUGCAGUGCUUGGAAAUGGGACGUAUUUUGCAGUGGAAGCAAAUUACUCAGCACAUGACAACUACUCCAAACCAAAUGCAAAUGGCCUUAAAUACAUGUACCUGACCCGGGUUCUGACAGGAGUGAGCUGUGCAGGACAAAAGGGGUGUAUCGCUCCUCCAGCCAAGAACCCAGCAAACCCCACCGACCUCUACGACAGUGUCACUGACAACCCGGCUAAUCCCCAAAUCUUUGUCAUAUUUAAUGACGUGCAGGCGUACCCCGAGUAUCUCAUCACCUUCUCUAAGUAAAGCCCCAGUGCAGCUCAGAUAUACACAUGGUGUCAGGCCUGGGCCCCCCAGGGAUGUUUCACUAUGGGGGAAGGUCACAGGUGACUUGUGAGUUUAUUCACCAUAGGGAAACAUUAAAGUCGCGCAAGGUUCAGAGUAACUCUGUGCAGUCACUGCAGAGUCUUAGGUUACCGGCCUCCAACUCGGCCAUUUCUGAUGCCAUUGACGUCUACCCCGGUCUAACCAGCCAUUAGAUGACAUGGCGCCAACAAGAACCAUCCUGGGUGGAUCGACAACUCUCCCGCUACUCACAAGUAUGGGCAACCAGAGGAGUCUGGCUCCAGCGGUGACCAACCCUACACCCAGAAGCAGCCCUUCCACAGACUCCAGCUUUACCGCCAGCCAUGCCAAUGUGUACCACACCCUCCAUGGUGCUGCCUGGUCCCCACUGUGGUGGUGCUCAGCAUCUCUCUGCUAUAUAUUGCUCUAGGGCUUACACCAGUCAUCGGGGCUCCGAUGGCCAUGAAUACACCACCCUGGUUAUGACAACGAGUCAGCGUGUCUAGAAGAUUACAACCUGAAGUGAUGUUCAAGACAAGAUGGCAGAGAUCACUGCCUAACUUCAUGUCUCACUUAUUUCCUAUUUUAUGUAUGCUGGGCAACAUGGCCGAAAAAUAAAAUCUCAUUUUUU